AUGGUAAGCGGAAUGACGCCUUCAACGACACCGACGCAACCACCAAGAGAAGACCCUUUUACUCCCGAAGAACUCUCAAAAUACGAUGGUACCGUUGACAGCAAGCCGGUGUAUGUUGCGGUGAAAGCACCAGGUAAAGGCUAUUCUAUUUUUGCGGGAAAAGAUGCCUCGCGCGCUCUUGGAAUGUCAAGCUUAAAGCCCGAGCAUGCCGUGUCCGACUACACGACUCUGACACCACAACAAAUGAAAGUGCUUGAUGACUGGUUUGAAUAUUACAAAAAGGUACAAAGCUGGAAAUGCGGGGAGUAG